AUGGUGAGCAAAGAGACUCGAGAGGAAGAUACAGUACUGGCAAGAAGGUCAAUGCGAUGCCUAGAGAAAACUGACGAAGAAAUUGAGAGUAAAUGUUUGCGAAACUGGAAAACUGGAUUAAUUUCCAGGACACCGAUCUUUUACGCAUGCCUAGGCGGUCAAGCACAUACACUCAAAGUGAUGAUCGCAGAGUUGAACUGCAGAGCUGGCCAUACGGAUCAGCUCGGUCGAACCGCACUGCAUUGCGCCGCAUUCGGAGGCUUCACAGCAUGUGUCGAGGUGCUUCUCGACGAGUCGGUGUGUUACACUUCGAAACAUUCUGUGAUCAGAUAUAUCAGUGAUUUAUGA